ACCAUUUAGUGGAUUUCAUCAGAUUCAGCUGUGCUCUUGAACGCCCCCCGUGUGCCCCUUUGAGCUGUGACGGUGUGUCAGUGAUGAGCGGUCAUUGAGAGUCUGGACCUGUGAAGAGAUGGCUGGGAGGCUUUUAACGCGGACUUUAGCGCAGUUUGCAUCUGGCGCAAACUGCGCUAAAAGCAGAGCGGCAAACCGGAACUACUGGACUACUUUAAGGAGCACUCCCACCGCUUUGACGGCUGGCCGAGCUGCAUUCCUCCUGGGGCUCCCUGCGCUGCCCUGCUUCGGUUAUGCCGCUUAUCGCAAGGUGCAGAGUUCAGCUGUGGUGUGCGCUUUAGAAAAAGGGGAGGUUUUGGAGCAGGCUGACUACCUGUACAGCUGUGCCGAGACAGAGAAGCUCUACCAGCUGCUGCUGCAGUAUAAAGACAGCGAUGAUGCAGAGUUCCUGUGGAGACUGGCCCGGGCCUCUCGGGACCUGGCCCUCCUGCCGAACGUGGAGGCCGAGCGGAAGAAGCAGCUCACAUUCGAGGCCUUUGAGUACGCGCAGAAAGCCCUGGAGAAAGACGAGGCGUGUUUUGCAGCCCAUAAGUGGUAUGCCGUGUGCCUCAGUGAUGUCGGCGAUUAUAAGGGAGUGAAGGUUAAAAUUGGAAAUUCGUACAUCAUUCGGGAACAUCUAGAGAGAGCCAUCGAGCUCAACCCUAAAGAUGCCACCUCCAUACACAUUUUAGGUUACUGGUGCUUUGCUUUUGCUGAGCUGCCGUGGUAUCAGCGCAAAGUGGCAGCUGUAAUAUUCUCAUCGCCGCCCGAGUCUACGUACGAGGAGGCUUUGGCAUUCUUCCUGAAAGCUGAGGAAGUUGACCCAAACUUCUACAGCAAGAACCUGCUGAUGCUCGGGAAGACGUAUUUGGCCAUGAAAGACAAGGAGAAAGCUCUGCUGUGGCUGACCAAAGCAAAGGAGUACCCUGCUCACACACUGGAAGACAAAGAGGUCCACAAGGAAGCUGUGGAUCUCCUGAAGAAGCUAGGAUGAAGCUCUUGUUAGAGCUCAGUGAAACACGAUGCCUCUCCGGACCCUUUUAACAGCUGCUAACGAAAUGUUUUCUAAAGAUUUUGUACUUAAUUAUUAAUAAUAAAAGCAGACCUGUUACUGGCUUUGCACACAGAAAUCACACAUGCCUUUAAAGAAGUAAUAAAGAAAUUUCC